ACGUAACAACCCCAUGGCGUGCGAGAUGCCUGGCAACUCACUCGUAUAGACGAUCAUUUUCGUAAACAACAUCGAUAUAUGAUGAGAUUCAAAAAUUUCUACUAUUAUUUUACCUAAAUAUGAGUAAAUAACUUCGUUAUAACUACUAGACAACCAACCCUUCUCUAUAUUUUAUUUUAUUUUAUUUCAUAUUACUCCUUUGGGCUAGCGACCUCGAGUGGCCAUGCAUACCUGCCUGCUUACAGAUACCUCUCACUCGGUAUGCGUGUAUUCAGUUGAUGAAUGUACAGUUCCGAGGUGCAGAUCGUGUGCUCCCAUCAAUGAGACGCGUUGCUUCUUAUUUAAGCAUGCAGCGCGCUCUAUGAAAUAGACAUUUGUUUAGGUGUAUUCCCGCCUGUGGGCCUUUCGAUUAGCUUACCUCCUUAGUUAUGUUCGGUGCAUUUAGAUAUAACGAAAAAACGAAAGAACAUGAUCACUUCAAACUAGCUGAUCAUCAGUCAUCUCCGGUACAGGAGAGGGAGUAUACGCGCACAGCUUGCGAUUUAUGCCGCGCGAAAAAAGUCAAAUGUAACGGGGACAAAGACGAAUGCGACAGAUGCAUAUCUUCUUCUAACAAGUGUACAUAUACCUUGAGCUCUGGAACAGGCCCUGGAAGAAAGCGAUUGCGUAAAGCGUCGAUAUCCACAAAUGCAAAGACAAGUCAAAGUUUAAUAUCACGAAGUCGGUCUCCACGCCAUACUCAACGAAGAUCGACAACUAGCGGGUAUAAGAGCGGUAGCAAUACGCCUAUAUCGAGCCAACUUAUCCAGAACUCAAUGGAAGCCAUGGUCGUUAGCACAACAACUGAGAGCUCUAUCUCGAGUCCAUCAGAGUCUCCCGCAACAAUGGGAUGGCCGGUACACGAUUCAGAUAUGCCUAAUCUGCUCAACAUACAGGCAGAUAUGGAGCCGUUUGGGGGAAGUGAAUUUGAAUUUUCUUCAGCGUACCCAGGACAUAUGUCCUUGUCGCAUGAUAAUCAGUUGCCAAGUGGGUUACCUCAGGUACAAUCGUCGGACAGUUUCUCCCAUUUACUCAGCCUACAAUCUUCCGGGUCCCUAGAUUCAGCUCCCGUUCUUCUACCACCUUCGCCUACGCAAACACUAUCUGCACAGGGCCUAUCCAACAACGGUCAGAGCUCCGAAGCUUUGAGCACGCCCACGGCAUCCACCACUUCAAGUCCGGGUCCAAAAUGUGGAUGUCUAGGUGCUUUGUUGCAUGUUUUCGAAGAUACAGGUGCUCAGAUAACUUCCAGCCCGGACGUGGCAACUGACACGCUAUUCCUGUGCCUGCAACGAGGCACGCAAGAAUAUCAGGCCAUGCUCUCCUGCCAAGAAUGUGACACGAGCAUCAAAAACCCCAUACUCCUCGCUACUCUCGGGAAUCAAUUAGUUGUUAUUGCCCGCGAGCUUGUCACUAGGUUCGUGCGAUGCCAAACUCAGGAUACAGCCCCUGUCGUUUUCCAAUUCGGGCGAUACUGUAUCCAAGGCUCUGGGAUGCGGACUCGGCUGCUACGAGACAUGGUCGCAUUACACGUUCGAGAUUUGUAUAGUGUGCUCGACCGUUGUAGGCAUACUAUUGACUCGGUCCCUGGGCCGUCGUCAAUAUUGGAGAACGCGAAGCUCGAAGUCAACAAGCUCCACGAAACGUUGUCUCAAAGCUUAGAAAACAUAAGCACAACAUACAGUUAGCGAAAUUUCAUGUAUAUUUAUCACCUCUUAGUAUAGAACCCCAUACACGUCAUCCAGCUUCUAAGAACCCGAUUCUCUAGUCAAGAUUGGUUUCAAAAUAAUUAGGUACCUACAAGAUGAACACGGUAGCAUCCCGAAGUAAAGCCACCGGAUAUUCCACCUGCGUACCCGUCCUUAAAUGUGAAGAUCGCUAGGACAAGAUUCUCGUCUAAGCCUAACGUUGUAGUGAUAUGGCGGGACUCAUCUAGGGCGAGCGCAACAGCUUCCUCUUCUAGAAGCAGUAAUGCAGGUCUAGUGACGCCAACGACAUGUACGGACGUUAGGCGAGAUAGUUCCACCGUAUUGAGUUGAAACCACGUGGAGGGCGUAAUAUGUAUUACCUCCCUAGGCUAGGUACUUACUUGCCUGCCAGGUACCCAGC